UUUUUUCCCCUUUAAAUUCGUGAAUAUAUUUACUUUCAUUGCUAAAUCGUUACAAAAUGGACCAGGACGAUAGUCAACUAGAGGCCCUGGAGGAUGACGUAGAGGAGGAUGAGGAAGAAAUUCAAAUGACUUCCAAGCAGGUGUUGGACGCCUUGCAACGAGCUUGGUUGAAUGAAAAAUUUGCUGCACAAAUUCUACCGUACGAGGAAGCGAUUGUCGAUAUGGUCAUGAGCCAACUAGUUUACAUGGAGGAGAAUCUGGCUAGCACAAACAAAAAUGAGAUGCUGUACAUUACGCACCGUAUGGAGGUGGAACGUAUCCGGUACGUUCUGGCCAGUUAUCAUCGCUGUCGGCUGCAGAAAAUCGAAGAGUACGCUUACCACAUACUCCAGGAAGAGUCGAAGCGUCCACCGAACGCCAAAAGACUUUCCGCGGGAGAGCAACGGUUCGCAGCGGAUUUUUACGAAAGUGUGGAGAAUCAUUUCAAUCAGCUCGCGGUUAGACAUAUGCCCCAGAACCAUCAGCACGAUGAGCAUGUGCGGAAAGUGGUCCCUAAUGUAGACUGUCACGUGUUCAUUCGAGCAAAAGAAAAUGUAGCUGAUUUUGCCAUUAGCGCGGAUCACGAAACGAUAAACAUUGCGGCUGGGUCGAUUCAUAUGUUUAAAUAUCGAGAUGUGGAGCCAUUGCUUCUGGAGGGGUUAAUUGAAUUACUUUAGGGUUGUAUAUCUAAUUUAUAGUGUAGUUAGAUCGUUUCUGUCGUUCUACUUUCAAGUUGAAAAUGUUUGCCAGGUUUGUUCCUAUGGUAACGGAAUGUUUAGUUCGUAACGGUAAUGUAUUUGUAAAUCUUUUUUCGGAUAAACGUAAAUAUAAACAAAUUUUAUUUGUAAGAGAAAAAACUGGUUCAUGGUAGUUUCAUGGUACUCUUGAGCUGCAGUUGAUGGCUCAUAAAUGGAACCAUAAUUUUCCGAAAAUCGCACGUG